AGCUUGCUGGCCACCGAGGAGGAUGCUCUGUGAGGACAGAUGUGUCCCUCCCCGGCAGCGACCCCCUUGCUGAGAGCUCCGGGAUCCCUCCUGAUGCUCCCUUCCCAUACAGCUGCAGCCUCACCCCUUAGCCCUCAGGAGAAGAGCUGGUGUUAUGCCCUGGGCAUUGCCACCUUCCCUCCCAGCCGCGUUUGACGAUGAGGCACAUGGCAUCGCCCUGGGGGACCAUCCUCACCUGCCUGAUGAAGGCCGACCCCAGCGCCAGCUCUGCCAGGGCGGGUCUGCUGAGCCUCAUCCUGGUGGGCACACUGAGCAGCCUCUCGCUGCAGAAAUCCCUGCCGGCAGCCUACAGGGACCACGAAGGUGCCCAGGAGAGCCCAGGCCUGAUCCAGUGCGGGGAGUACAGCAACCAAGUGCUGCCCAACGGCCGCUGUAAGAUCGUGGCCACCUUGCCCCAGGGGGACGAGCAGAGGUGCCCGGACAUGUUCCGCUGCACCGACGAGGUGUCCUACUGGCUCCACGAGAACGAGGAGCGUAAGCAGCAGGUGCUGGAGCUGCGGGAGCUGAUUUCAGAGCUGCAGGAGGAGCUGAGGAACCACCGGCACCGCAUCAAAGUCCUUGAGCUCCAGCACGAGGAGGCAGCCGGCCGCAACCACAGCCUGGCUCAGCGGGUGCAGGACCUGGAGCAUCGGUACAGCGAGGCCAGCACCCUGCAGCACAUCCAGGCCACGCUGCUCUACGACAUGCAGGCGCAGCUCAACAACAUCUCCGUCCUCACCGACUGGGCCUGGCGCAACCCCACCUGCCUCGGCCCCGCCGACAUGAGGCUCCAAGAGGAGAUGCACCACCCAGAAGUGAAGCAUGCCAGGAACUGCCCCAUUGACUGUGCCUCUGUUUACUACAAUGGGCUGCGGCGCUCUGGGAUCUACAACAUCAUGCCUGCAGUGGGAGGGAUGCCUAUCGAAGUGCUGUGUGAGAUGGACACUGAAGGCGGAGGCUGGACAGUCAUCCAGAGGCGUCAGGAUGGCUCGGUGGACUUCAACCGAACCUGGAAUGAGUACAAGGAGGGCUUUGGAGACCUCAAUGGUGAAUUCUGGAUGGGCAAUGAGAACAUCCAUAAGCUGACCAGCCAAGGGGACUACUCGCUGCGCAUUGACCUGGAGGACUGGAACAGCAAGCACAAGCAUGCCUUCUACCAGGUCUUCAGCAUUGAGGAUGAGGAGAACUAUUACCGCCUGCACGUGGAUGGCUUCAGCGGGACCGUGGAGGAUUCCUUCGCCUGGUACCACAACAAGAGGAGCUUCAGCACCCCUGACUCAGGGAACAUCUGCGCUGAGAUCUCCCACGGAGGCUGGUGGUACCACCAGUGCUUUUUCUCCAACCUCAAUGGGGUGUACUACAAGGGCGGGCGCUACUCCAUCAAGAACCGCAGGAUGCUGGGGCCGGACGGGAUCGUGUGGUACUCAUGGAAGGACACAGACUACUACUCCUUGAGGAAGGUGGUCAUGAUGAUCCGACCACGCACGUUCCGGCCACACCUCUCCCCCUGAAGAAGCCUGAGGUGUUCUUCACUUCACCUCACGUUGAACCCUGGGAACAGAGGGCUGGAAAUAGCUUGCUCUGAGCGAAAAAUUGAUGCUGGAGGUCCUGAAGGCACUGAGCCACCGUCCGUGUUGCUGCCUGUUUGCUUUCAAGGUAGCUGAAGCAACAGAGUCAUCAGGACCUUCAAUGAGUGUUUGGAUGGUGAAAGCUCUCUUAAAGACAUGGAGGUGAUUUCUGAGCUUUGCAAAGACAAGCAUGUAGCAGCAGUUCUUGGCAGGCUUGGGCAUGCUCAAGGCUUGAGGCUCAAUCCAGCUGGCUCACGAUGGGAAUCAGCCACACGCUGAGGCUGGACCUUCUGCUGAGUGGAGCUGUUGAGGGCUCUGGCUACCAACCCAAGGGUGUUGUAGAGGGAAGCAGAGGAUCAGCAAUCCUGUCUGAGCUUUCCACAUGGGAUGGGAUGGGCUGACUCUUGUGCUGUAAGACGAGCACCUCUCAGAUCUUGGCAGAGCUUCUCUGUUCACAUCGCUGCAUCUCUAGGUCCAUCACCUGAAGGAUGUGCUGGGGGUGGCUUUGAGGUGCUGAGAUGGCCCUGAGGAAAACCAGGAGAGACAACACGUAUUGCCCAGGGUGGGUGUCACAGGGAGGUGGGGAGGCAGGUCUGCAGUGAUCCUUGCCUUCUCUGUCAGGGGUUGUCUUACACAGGGGGACAUUAACAAUACUUCAGGUGAAAAGACUUUGAAGUAAGGAAUGCCAAAGCUUUUCCAUUUCCCAUUCCAUUCUCACUUUUCC